ACAAAAUUAGAUUCGUGAUUUGUUGCUUUGGAUCUGUUUCUGUUUGGUUGUGCUGCGGGUAGUAUUGUUGUGUUUGACGUGCUGUAAUGCUUUUUUUCCUUCGUUUAAUUAAUAAAUCGGUAAACUUUGGUAGAAAGCAAUACGUAUUUGUUUUGGAGCUGAUUAAGUUUCCUUUCAAGCUUGAAAUACCUUUAGUUCUUUGUCCUUGUGAAAUGUGAAGUGAAUAAUCCCAUUUGUAUUUUUUUUACGAAACAGUUUAUGAUUUAUAUUUUUGUUUGGGGAUACCGCAGCGCUGAUAAAAAAACGGGGCUACUUUGAAUAGUUUCGAAGUGAAAAAGUGAGUCAAAAAUAUUUUUAUUCAUUAAGUGAAGCAGACUCGAGCGGUUAAUUUAAAUGUUAAGGGUGCGUGAAGCGCGUAUUAUAAAGUGUGAUUGGUGCACGCGGUGACGGGGUGAAGGGGCGAAGGCGCGAGGGUGCGAGGGUGUGACGAGCCCGCGAGGGCGUCGGGUGGCGGCAUGUCGGGCGCGACGACGCCGACGGCGGCGGAGUGCGCUGCGCUGGACGAACGCGACCUGGAACCCCGCACGCCCAUGAAACGGCUUGGCUCUACCAGGAAGCUCGCCGCGUUCAGCAACAUACGCGCGCAGCUGUCGGAGCAGGCGCGCGUGCUGGAGGCGCGCGCCGAAGCGGCGGCAGGCGUCGCGGCCGAGUUGGCCGACCACUGCCGGCGUCGCGCCGACCUCGAGCUCGACUACUCGCGCGCUCUCGACAAGUUGGCACGCGCCGCCGCACAGCGCCACAAGGACCACAAGCACAAACGCGAGCAGUGGCCGCUGACGGGCGCGUUCACGUGCUGGCAGGCGGCACUGGAGCAGACGCGCGCGCUGGCGCGGGACCACGCGGCGCUGGGCGAGCUGUACGGCGGGCCGCUCGCCGCGCGGCUGCAGCGCGCCGCCGAAGAUGUGACACGUCUGCAGCGCCGCGGCCGCGAACUGCUCGCCGAGCGACAGGAGGAGCUGGGCGCCGCGCUGGCGGAGGCGGCGGCGGCGGGCAAGGCGCACGCGGGCGCCGCGGCCGCCUGGCGCGCCGCCGCCCUCAAGCUGCGUGCCGCGCAUCUCCAGCGCCGCGCCGCGCCCGCACCGCCCGACGCGCCCCGCACACGCAAGCUCAAGGCGCUCGAUAAAGAACUUCAAAAGCGUCGCGCGCGGCACAGCGCGGCGCGCGCGGCGGCGUUGCGAGCGCGCGCAGACUACGUCCUCAGUCUGGAGGCCGCCAACGCCACGCUGCAGCGCUACUACCUGGACGACGUCGCCGACGUCAUGCUCUGCACGGAGGUGGGGUACGAGGCGGUGGUGGGGCGCGCCAUGCGGACGGCCGGCGCCGCGGAGAACGCGCGCGCGCGCUCUCUGGGCGCGGCGGCGAGCGCGCUGCUGGCGGCCGCGGACUCGCUGGACGCGUUGGCCGCGCGCCGCCGCCUGCUGGAGGCGCACCGGACGGCCUUCGCCCCGCCCGCGCCCCUCGCGCCCCGUCCGCCGCCGCCCGCCGACCUGGAGCGCGACAUGCGCGCGCUGCUGCCCGACGAGGAGGAGACGGACGAGGCCGCGGAGGAGGUCACGCGGGAGCUGCACGCGCGCCUCGCGCAGCUCGAGGCCGCCGCCCGCACGCUGCGCGCCGAGUGCCGCGAGCACGCCAAGACGCUGGACGCCGCCGAGGCCGAACUGGUGCGCAUGAUGGAGGGCAGCGCGGCGCAGUGGGAGGUGGGCUCGCUGCUGGCGACCGCCGCCACCGCGCCCACGCCGGCCGCCGCACCCGCUGCGCCCACCGCGCCCACGGCGUCCACCGCUACACCGCCCGCCGAGGACGACGCGCCGCGUCGCGCACAAGAAGACUACUACCUCGCAAAGUUCCGUGCGUACGUGUGCAGCGCGGGGCGGCUCGCGCGGCUGGAGGGUAAGGCGGCGGCGAUGCGCGCGCGUCUGCUGCCCGCCGGCGCCCCCGCCCCCGCCCCCGCCUCGCCCCGCUCCCCGCCGCGCCGCCAGCGGGGCCUCUUCGCUGCGCCGCUGCACGACUCGCUCCCCCCCGUGCUCACCUCCUGCGUGCGCGUCAUCGCCACAUACGGUCUGCGGCACCAGGGCGUGUUCCGCGUGUCGGGGUCGCAGGUGGAGAUGGCGGCGCUGCGGGCGGCCUUCGAGCGCGGCGGCGACCCGCUGGCCGGCGUGCGCGACGCCUCCGACAUCAACUCCGUCUGCGGCUUGCUGAAGCUGUACCUGCGCUCGCUGCGCCCCCCGCUGCUGCCCCCCGCGCUGCACGACCGCCUGCUGGCGCUCGCCGCCGCGCCCGACGACCUCGCCUUCGUGCGCCGACUGCGCGCCGCGCUCGCCCACCUGCCGCUGCCCUCGCUGCUGCUGCUGCGCUACCUGUUCGCCUUCCUCGCCCACCUCGCCGAGCACAGCGAGCACAACAUGAUGGACGCCUGGAACCUGGCCAUCUGCCUCGGGCCCACGCUGCUGGCCGCGUGGGGCGAGGGCGGCGCGCAGGUCACGGCGCAGAACCUGGUCAACGAGCUGGUGAAGCGCAUCAUCCUGCACCACAAGGAGCUGUUCCCGCAGGACGUGGCGCCGCACACCCUCUACCGCCGCCCCGGAGAAGAAGAUGACGAGAUAACGGGCGAGGGCGAGGGCGCGGGCGUGGGCGCGGGCGUGGGCGAGGGCGAAGUGGAAGGCGCGGCGGGGGCGGGGGAGGGCGACGACGAGGCGGACGCGGCCGCGCGCACCGACGACGAGCAUGACCUCAACGAUGACCUCUCGCUUUACGACGACGACGACGACCUGGAGGAGGAGGAGGAUGACGACGAGGACGGCGGCGAGGAGCCGGACGCCGCGUGCGCCGACACAUCCGGCGGAGCGGCGCAAGACGUCGAGCGCAGGCGUCUGGCGGAGAGCACUCCCGACCUGGUGCUGGACCUGCCGGCGCGCGCAGCCGCAGACACCUUCCUGCACAACCGCGACACGCUCAAGAAGCGCCCCGCCCCCGCCCCCGCCCCCGCCCGUGCGGGGGGUGCGUCCCCCGCCGCGGGCAGCCCGGUGCCGGCGCGCAACACGAUGCGCGUCGCCGCCAAGUUCGCAGAGCUCACGCUCACCGGCGGCUCGCUGAAGCCCGCGCUGGCCGCCAAGCCCGCGCUGCUGCGCCGCCCCACCCCGCACCCGCACGCGCGCCCUCCGCCCGUCGCGCCCGUCGCGCCCGCGCCCACCGCCGCCGCACCCGACGCGCCCGCCGCGCCCGCCGCGCCCACCGACGCCUAG